AUGGCGACGGGGACGCUGCAGUUUGUCGCCAUCAGACACAAAGUUCGUCUGGUGCUGUUUCUCUUGAUUUACGCAGACUCGCUUCGCUGCCAGCAGUUCGUGAUUCCCUUCCGGGAUCCGGCGGACUGUGGCGCGGAGGAACUCUUCGACAUUUCCAGCUUGUCGUGUGUGAGGUGUUCUUCAAAUCAGAUCCGGAGCUCCACAGGACUGACGUGUGUUUGCAAAACAGGAUACCAAAGUGUCACCACUGAUAAGGCAUCCCUUACUUGUCAGCUGUGCCCCCCUGGCAAGCCUGGAGUAACGAAAGACGGGUUUGGUUGUAUUCGCUGUCCGGGCAGUCUCAGUGAUGAGGGGAAGUGCCUCUGUCCACCAGCCCAUGUCCUGGUGGAGCGAGACGUCAGUGGAAAACUUUUGAAUGAGGCCAGGUGUGAAACAUGUGAUGGAAACAUCAGUGCUUCGUCUGUGCCGAGCAGCAGGGGAGACAGAUGUGAGAGAUGUCAGGCCACCUUCAUUGACACCUCCUGUGUGUGUAGCCCUCCAAAUAUCCUUGCUGGAGGAUUAUGUAUCCCUCCAGGCAGCCUCCCGACAAACGUGAAUCCCAAUAUCAACUAUGCCCAGUUGAAGUUCAGUGUCCAGUCCGCCUGGUUUGUGAAGAACCUCUACUCUUCAUCAGCAGCCUGUCUUGUCUUUUCCAACCUGACAGCGUGCCAGGCUCUUGGGAACAUGUGUGUGAUGAACAUGCACUCCUUCAGUGGAGUGUCCAACGAUGCCUGUGGUCUCUUCAACUCCAUUUUCAGAUCAAUGGCUGCUGUGAGCUCAACUCAAGACAUUUCCUACUGGAGAGCUAAUCUGCCAUGGCUUUACUAUGGGGACGAACCAGGACUGGCCAGUCGAGUGAUUCAGACGGAUCCAAUUCCUGGUGGUUUCAGCUUCAGAGGAAAAAACAAGAACAAUGACAUUAAGCUGCUUGCAGCUGUCUAUAAUGUCAGAGGAGAGUUUCUCAGAUGGGAACAACUUGGAGGAAAUAAUCUACAGUUAUGUCCAGAAACAGCAAUCAAACAAGCAGCAGCCUACAGCUUUGGAACUGCUUACAAAGAAAGUUGUGAACUGUCGGUGGCAGAGCUGAUGGAUUCCCACCCCGAGCCGUUGUUCUACGAUGUGUUUUUGGAUCUUGGUGGUGAAGAGAACAGAAAACUUCUCCCCCUUCCCACACUCGUCUAUAACCAGCAAUACAAUGGACGCUUCAUCAACCAAGAGAGCAUGAAGAACUGGUACCUGUCUCGACGUAUCUUUCUUGUCGACAUGUUGAGUGGAAGAGAGAAGAGUUUGAGCUCUCAGCCUAAGGUCAUCCGUGUGGCCAGCAGUGUCAAAAUAAGGUUCCAAAUGGUUCCACGAACCCAGAAAGGACAAGUAUACCCCCCUCUAAUGACUGUCACCUACACAGAUGUCCCCAUCACGGAUAUCAAUACACAAUCUGUGUCUGCAACAUUUGCUGUGGAGUACGACAUGGAUCAGAGUGAGGCUCGCAUAAAGACAGAUACCGCUCUGGGUGUGAUGGGUGGCGUGGCCGUGCUCUACUCUCUGCUGAAGACAGUCAGCUGGAAGAGAAGGAUCGCCUCUCCGCUCAUUGAUGCCGGGACAAUGCUGAAGUUUUUGUUGUUUUACGCUGGAGAUCUGGCCAACGUUUUCUUUGUCGUCACCGUGGGAACUGGGCUUUACUGGCUCAUCUUCUACAAGGCCCAACAGUUUGUAUCAGUGCUGUUACCACGGCCUGCUCAAGAGGAGCAGUUUGUGACGUACAUUGGUUGUGCCUUCACCCUGAAGGCUGUCCAGUUUCUCCACAAGCUGGUCCUGCAGGUGUCAGUCGAUGUAUUUCUCAUCGACUGGGAGAGACCUCGAAGCAAAUCUAUCAGAACUGUUCAAUCCUCUUCCGGUGAGCCAAAACGUGAUGCUGCUCCGGUCAGCAUCUGGAGAACCUACUUUGUAGCCAAUGAAUGGAACGAGAUCCAGACCAUCCGCAAGAUCAGCCCGACCUUUCAGAUCAUGGCUGUGCUCUUUUUUCUUGAGGUCCUUGGUUUUUCUAACUUAGCGCUGAGGGAUCCCUGGUCAACUCUCACCCGCUCCUCACAGGCGUACACACCCUCAUACAGCCUGAUCCUGCGCUACGGUCUUGCAGCUACACUGUGGCUAUGCAUCGGCCUUCUGCAGGUGAUUUUCUUCACUGUGUUUUACGAACACUUUGUGGAGGACAAAAUUCGUCAGUUUGUAGAUCUCUGCUCCAUCAGCAAUGUAUCCGUGCUGCUGUUACCUCAGCGUUGUUUUGGCUACUACAUCCACGGGCGUUCAGUACAUGGCCACGCAGAUACAAACAUGGAGGAAAUGAACAACAAUCUAAAGAGAGAGGCUGAGUCUCUGUGUGGUCAGAGAGGGCUGCUUCCCAACACAGACCUCCAGACCUUCCAGGUGUCGAUUACCAAUCGGCUGCGGUCCCAGUACGACAGGAUUCGGGAGCCACUCAGCAGGAGGAACGGGCCUUCGCGGCUGAACGACGCAUCCACAGCCAACCCGUUUGAGCAGAACACCAGAGCCUACCACACCAUGAACUGCUUCCUGGGAUCCAUUAUAGACCAUGCUCACCCCGACAUGGAUUAUAUCGUCAAGGACAAGCUGGUGUUUGAGCGGGUCAUAGGAAUGGAGUUUCUUGAACCCAGUGACAAAAGCAUAUUUUACAACGAUGAGUCCCACUCAUUCAGCGAUGUGCUGUUUUAUGGGAAUGAGGCCACGCUGCUGAUCUUUGACACCUUGUUCUUCUGUGUCGUUGACCUUGGAUCUCAGAGUUUUGUGCUUGCAGCUGUUCUUACAUACGCACAGCAUAUGGUAUUCCGCUUGAUCCGUAACUUUCUCGGAAGGAAGAACCUCGUCAACAAGACUCUGGUGGAUGAGAGAUUUCUGAUUUAAAUUCCCAGCUGAGUAAUUUCUUGUGUCAGUGGUAGUUUAGUGCCAUUUUUUUCACACAUGUUUACUGUUCACAGCUUGUGCAGCUUCUUUUUUGUACUGUUCUUUUUCCUGU